CACACUACACCACACCAUACGACACCGACCACCAAAUAUUCAUGAACCCACUUCUAUGGUAUCCAUAGCACACGUCUAGGACUCUCAAGCGCACUGACCAGCGACAUAUCGACGCCAGCGACAAGAUGGACGACGGCGCUCGCGUGUCCGACAGCGACAGCCAUGCGCAUCCCGAGACGGGCGGCAAGUCGCUCGCAGCAGCGGCGGUAGAGACAGGGGGAGGCGAAGGCACCGUCGGAGGCGGAGGGGGCGGAGCAGCAGUGGCAGUGGCAGUGGCAGAGCGGCCUCGAUAUAAGUCGUACCGCAAAAAGUACCGCAAGAUGCGACAAAAGUUCGACGGCGUGCUGGAGGAGAACAGGCGACUCUACAAGGAGGAACAGAAGAUGCAGAGCACGGCGGGACGACUGCGCGAGGAGCUGGACGGCCUCCUUGACAUCCUGCUCGACUUCAACCAGAAUCCGGCCCUUCCUACCCACUUGCGCUUCGACAUUACCCCUACCGACGUCCACACGGCCAUCGCUUCCAUCCCCAGCGUCGUUCCUUCGCACAUCACGCCGCAGGCUGCGAACGAACUCUUUCUUGACUACACCAACGCUGUGCAACGCGGCCAAAUCCCACAUCUCGACUUGCAUGUUAUCCGCGAACAGAUUGACAACAAGCUUGCUAGACAAGGCUUGACUGCUCUGGAAGCCCUCGAGAGAGACGUCUCGCACACACGAGCGACCAUUGAGAGUGUAACGCCUGACGCCAUUCAUCCUGACUCUUCAUCCAGCUUCUUAACAUCACAACAAGAAGACGAAUAUCUGCUGCGCAUGGACGCUGGUCUCAAAGACCCUGCUGCCGUGCUGAAGGAGAAGGAGCAAUCUUCCGACGACCUCAAGCCCUGGGCUGACUUGACUGUCCGGGAGGCCGAGCGACAAACUGAGCUACAAAAUCCACAAAGCCAGCACAACUGGCUGAAGACGCACGCGAAGCAGUCUGGUCCUACUGCGGACAUUGACGAUACCGACAGCAUCGACCACAAGCCACCCCGCGGUGCUGGAGCUAAAAGGAACCUCGCCAAACAAGUCGGUGAUCGGUCUCUCGGUCGCGCCAGAGAGGGUGCGAGUCCCGCUGGUUCAUUUGGCGACGACGAGGAUCCCAGUGGCUUUGUCGACGAUCACCCCAAAAAGCGAAGUCGGGACCCCGACAGCACUUAUCGAAUCAAAGGGGGCAAGAGCAACGCUGCGAACGGUAAGGGCAAGCGCAAGCGGAGCAACGAGACUCCCAGUGGGAGCGCGAAGAAGGCCCGAAUAGAGGACGAGUGACUGUUGCCAAUGUCACCAUGAGCGUGUGCACGAAUCGAUCAAAAGCAAACCGGCCCUGUGAUGAAGAGAUACCUUGCACGCCUUGCAUACUUCACAAGUUGUGCGAGUUCUCAGGUUCCCUCUACGCUGGGCCGCCAUCGCAACUGUCGCUCGGGCAGGAAUCAAGACAGAGUACAAGUCCUCCUGCUAGGAAGGGCUAUCUUGGAUCGAUGAGCUUAGGUCGACCGGAUGCGAUGCGGAACAGCUGGACAGUUCCUGUUACAGUGCCGAAUGCGUGCAACGAUACACCAUUCAUUCAAGAAAAGAGUCAAAAACUACAGAGUGACGCUAUACGUACGGCUACAGGUAGCAAUGGCAAAUACAACCGCAGUGAUUGCGAUGAGGGGAAACGAAAAGUCGCUGCGUACGAAGUUCGUAUUUGCCAGAUCUUAUUUGACAAAUACGGCAACGCAGUCGAAUCAUUGCCUGAACCGGUACAUGGCUUCAAUAUAUCUCUACCACAGUCAAAGCAGAAGAAGGCUGCACAUGAUCUACGGAUUCGACAGAUCUUUUUUGACGUUGAUCGGUAUGGCAAUGCAGUCGAAGUUGAUCAGUACGGCAAUGCAGUCGAAAUUGAUCGGUACGGCAAUGCAGUCGAAGCUGAUUGGUACGGCAAUGCAGUCGAAGCUGAGCGGUACGGCAAUCUAGUCGAAGGAAUGACCAAACUGGUCCCAGGCCCUGUUCGUUCUGAUCACUCCUCCAAGAUUUCCGAACCUUCGCGCAAUAGCUUUGUGGCAUCGACAAUGCCCAUGGAACAGGGCAGAUUGGUGUCGGAAUCGCCUCACGAACAUCGGAUGCGCUGCACCGCCACCCCUGCACGACAGACUGUCACUCCGCCUCCCAAGACUACUGCGACCCUUGAUAAAGCGAGCUAUGAGAACAACCACAAUCGUGGACAGUCCGGCACAACACCACUGCCGCAACAUCAGAUCGCGGAUCUUGCGGGUCCAUCAGACUUCAUAGACUCUCCGUUGGGUGAAUCCUGGUUGUCUAUUCCCUCGGCUGCGCCUCAUAUUCCUUUGUCAUCGACGGUCAGUGUGAACCCGAUCCAGACUGACUCUUAUACCCCUCUAUCACAAGACAAGGUCGCUAUUCCUGAUGAGGUCCGUGAUCAAAAUUCUGGGCAGCCUAGCACCACUACACCACACUCGCAUCUUCCGAUUGCCACUCAAGCAGGUCCCAGAAACCCCGCGGAUGCAUAUAGUCGUGGUGUGCUGGAACGAGAAAAUGAUAACGGAGUCUUCCACCAGAAGAUUGAUUUAGCCAAACAGUACUGGAUUGGUCUCGACCGAUUCUACGCAUUCUCAGCAUAUCCUCUGGGGGAUGCAUCCGUAUUAGUGAAAUUAGUAACAUGGUUCGCGGUGAAUGCAGUCACUGCAAGGGGCGGGCCCGAUAGAGUAACUCGAGAAGGAAAAUGGGGCGACGUGCUUGAGGAUGUGGCACGGGUGCUGGGGCCUACCGGUCCGAAUUCAAUGACACCGGAGAACCUGAAAGAGUUCUAUAUGCGGCGGGUUUCCAGGUACGAAGAAAGUCGAAGUGUGGGCAAGGGCGUCAAUGCGACUAGGAACGAUGGCUUCACCAGAGCUGUCAAUCGGUACUAAAAUGGACUCUUAAACUUCCAUCGGGACGCCGAUGCUUGCUCUCAGCGAGAGAUCGUUGCCGUAUCUCUCAUCAGGUCCCUGGUGAUGGCGAGAGGUGGUUUUGAGUCCGUGAUACGCAAGGGACGAUGGAACGAAGUGUUCGAAGCAAUGCCGAGAGAUCUGCAGUGGAAGAGGAAGAGGAAGAGAUAUGUGAACCAAGAUUUUGAGGUCUUCCGGCGGCAAAUUCAGCCGUAUGGAGAGUAUCUGCGUUCGCUGCCGCCUUCCGCCGACAUGUUUUGACAGCAAUCCAAAAAAAAAGGCAGAUUCAUCCACUCGCGGAAUAAAUUUCAUCAUGAUAUUCGCAUCACUCAUUCACGUGUGUCGAGCACUGGAAAUCGUAGACAGGUUUAGUCGGCAUGAGGCGUGUGGCGAAACAGGGUUUGUCUUCAACCGUAGAAAAAAUGUAUCAAAC